GCUGUCAUGCUGAAAACGCACACUUCAAGGGCAGAGACCACUGUGUCUACUCUCUGCCGUCAACCAUAUGAGCACUAUCAUGAACAUGCUUUGCAGAGUUGGUCAAAUACGCAGGUAAUAAUGAUAUUAGCUUGACAUUGAGUGCCAUUACCAGCCUUGCAACGCUCCAGAAAAAGGAAAAACUACAUCUACCAGUACUGGUUGGUCAUGAACUUGAGACAGUUGUUUAUUCAGAGCUAACAGUCAGCUAGCAGGAUGCUAACUUAGUUCAGCAGCUUAUCAAGGUUAGCUUGUGUCGCACAUAAUUAAAUAUUUUUUGUGUUGCUUCAGCACAGCCAUGCAUUUCUUUCUUUUGGGGAGUGUAUGCUGUGUUUUAUUCAUACACACUAAUUCAUACACGGUUAACACCCGACUACACAGCUGCAAAGUUAAUCUACAUCAACACUACAUAUUCAGGUCAUUUUAAGCCUCUGUGCUUGAGCUCAAUUUCUCCUCCCAUGCGUUUGAAAACCUCAAAAGUUUGAUGCUCAGAUGGGUGUUUUUUAUUCUGUAUACUGUGGUGGCAACUACAGUGUGCUGUGAAGUUCACUUUAUGUAGUAAGUGUGCCCUUUGUUUUUGUUGCAGGUGUGCAGCCAGCCUCAGCCAAACGAUCAGCCAGGUAGCUGCUUCAAGGCAGAAGCACACACUUCCUGACCUGACCUAUGACUAUGGCGCCCUGGAGCCCCACAUCAGUGCAGAGAUAAUGCAGCUACACCACAGCAAGCAUCACGCCACAUAUGUCAACAACCUGAAUGUUACAGAGGAGAAAUAUCAGGAGGCACUAGCUAAAGGUACAAACACAGAAUCCUGUGAACUAUAUUAGUUUAAAGAGGUCUAUAGAAAUGCUUGGAUAUGUUUGCUAAGUACAACAAGUUGGUAAAUGCUGGCCCAUAAUGUGUUACUCAUCUUAAGUAUUUGUAUUACAUUUAAAAACAUUUUAUUUAUGGUAUUCACCUGCUUGAAUGUGAUCUGUAUUGUAGGAGAUGUGACCGCACAGGUCUCCCUUCAGGCAGCUCUGAGGUUCAAUGGAGGAGGCCACAUAAACCACACCAUCUUCUGGACAAACCUCUCUCCUAAUGGUGGUGGAGAACCACAAGGUAGGACAGAAAUCCAUCCAAAACUAUGAACAGCGUGCUUUGUCUUAUGCUAGUAACAAUGCCAUGUUUAGAAAAUAACUCAAACAUGCAUUAUAGGCAACACAUGACCCUGGCCUUGGUUGCUAUUUUCUCUUGGUUCUUGCAACAGACUGUGACUCACCACCCUUUCCUGACCCCAAUCUGAAUGCUAAACUAUCCUGACCCAAAUACUAGAGUAUAUGUGUUAUCCUAGUUUUAAAUAAAAAUUGGAUUGCAAACCAGAGUUCAAUAAACAUUUUAUUUAGAUGAGCAGAAAUGUGAUUUGAAUGAAAACAACAUUAGUUUGCUUUUAUCCUGACAUUGUUUUCUGCAACCACUCUGCCCUCUAGUGGUGAAAAAGGUUCCUCCAAAGACAGUAAAACUAAGCAUUCAAACAGUAUGUAGCCUCCUCCAUUUUAUAUUUCUUUGUAGAACUAAGAAAGUUAAUAAGUUUAUGACAUAGAGAACCUAUUGUUCCUCAAUGAAGCAUUAAGGGUGUUGAUUUUUUUUCCUUUUGCGUUUAAUGUCUGCCUUUGUCCCAAUGAAGCACCCCAUCUGUGUCACUUGUUGUAGGGGAGCUCAUGGAGGCCAUCAAAAGAGACUUUGGCUCCUUCCAAAAACUGAAGGAGAAGAUGUCUGCUGCCACAGUGGCCGUGCAGGGCUCAGGCUGGGGCUGGCUUGGUUUCGACAAAGAGAACGGACGACUUCGUGUUGCUGCUUGUGCUAAUCAGGAUCCCCUGCAGGGAACUACAGGUCAGUCUAAAAUGUCUUUUGACUUAUUUCUGAAUGUAUUGUGUUAUAUAGAGCCAUCUCUGUAAUUAUUUCAUCCGUCUGACCCUCAGGUCUGAUCCCCCUGCUUGGUAUCGAUGUAUGGGAGCAUGCGUACUACCUGCAGUACAAAAAUGUGAGACCAGACUAUGUGAAAGCUAUUUGGAAUAUCAUUAACUGGGAAAAUGUGAGCGAGCGCCUCCAGAUUGCCAAAAAAUAAAAACCUAAUCUUAGAACACCCACAAUAUCUUCCUUCACUCUGACCUGGGCCUGGAACAAACAGUAGCUGCAAAUAAAGUAAAGUGUUUUCUUGCAUACAGUUUAUGAGUGGUUGUGUAAUUUGCAUUCAGAUUUACAAGAGUAUGGAUUUUGAGAUUUUCAGCAGUUUCAAAGUUAAUUUUUCUGUAUUGCUGCAGAUUAAACAAUAUAACACCCUCCACAAAAGUAACGACAUUUGCAAACUUGCUUUUUCUCUCAGGUCUGAGCCCGACCAUAAGUAUCAGUCUUUUCAAGCGCACAAAAUGGCCCUCUUUGCAACAAGGCCAGUUCUCCUAAAUCCAAUCCAAAUGUCGGCUGCUAUACAUGUGGACCUUGUGUCAAAUAAUCAGAGUGCAUAUUAAAUAAAGCAUUGUCUUUGUCAGAAUAAGUCACUAAAAUCACAAAAUGUUAUGCAGUCUGUUUUUGAUGUAUUGUAAUAAAAUUGUAGGAUUUCAAUUGAACAAGCUUGUUAAGUUUGUGAUUCAUUCUUUAGUUUGCAUAUUUACUGAGAGAUCGCCUUUUAAGAGGUUUUAAAAGUUAAUUCAAAACACGUAUGUGCAUGCCAUAAGAUUACAUGCUUUUAUUCACACUCACCUUUUGAGUGGACCACCACCAUUAUACCUUCUUUUUGUCAUUGAACAUCAGGAUUAUAUGAACUUUUGUCAUCUCAUAAUUGAUUUACAACAAAAUAUUGUGCAAGUCUGGAUCUAUUUGGAAUGCUGUUAGUUAUUCCCAAUUCUGACCUGUUCUGUCCUACUAUAACUACUGGACUAAACUAGUUCAUGCUUAAUCUGCUUAUUGAAGCCUCUUGGAACAACAACAUUGGCUGCCAAAGUCUUGGAAAAUGUUUGUUAACCCACAAAGACACUGAACUAUAAUGCUGCUGGUUCUAUUAUUUAUAAAACUAUGAUGUAUUACCAAAAGGUGAAAAAAAUAUCUGUUAUUGAGUGUUUUUUAUCACAGGAAAUGCAAGUCAAAGCACGUUUAAGUUUUAAAACAUUGGCUUAUAAAUAAAGUGGAUUUUUUUCCCAAAUAUGAGGCAAGCCCUCUCUCUUCCUGACAUAUUUUCCACUACACAAAAGCUGUCAACAUUUGUUUUUCUGCUACUUUGUUAAGGAUUUUCUAAAACAUGGAACCAGUCCCGUCCACAAACCUCAUAUGAGGACAAACAGUAGGUACUUGUAGGGAAUUCAUCCUGUCUUAUAAGAUUAACUGUGAUUUAUAAUUAAUGAAAACAUUUAUGUUUACAAUACAUGAAAUACUAACCAGUAUAUGAACCGUACUGUGUGCUCAUUAAAGUGAGCUUAUGUCUUUAACACAGAAUAGAAGAAGUGAACUUGGACUACAUUAGCAGCCCUGCCUUUACACAGUGCAGUCAGAAGAGGGCAGCGUCUUCAAGGGCUUCUGCUUUGAGUUUCCAUCUCACUCAGUUGUAUGCAAACCUUUUUGUUUUUUCAGUGCAAAAACUUGGAGUUUGUUCUGACCACAAGUGUGUGACAGGAUUAUAUCCACUGUGAUUUGUAUAGGUAGACUUUCAAAAGGGUUUUUGAAAAGCUGUAGCAGUCCACUUUGACUUCAGAGUUUGUUUUACACAAUGAUGUCAAAGACAACUGGACAAAGGGCUUUAGGCCAGAUUUGAUCCUGUCAUAAAAGAGUUUCUGCUCUUCCUGUGAGUGACAGAGACCAUCAGUUUUCCCUGUGGGAAUAUCACAGUCCAGAGAUUCCUCCCUUCAUGUUGUGGUGAUAUAAUGAUGAUGAUGAUGAAGAGGUCAUCAGGUUUCUAGAGGACACUGUGAGUUCACGCACAUGGUAACCAGACUUAAAUCAUCAUGGGAUUGAAUCUGGCAACAUUAGGUUGUGUUUAAUUAUUUUGAUUGAGAUUGUCUGACUGGAUUAGGUCACUGAAUGAUUAAAAGAAUAAAAACAUGUUUAAACAGUGAACAAAGACACCAGUGAGUUAUGGUGAAUUAGAGCUGUUUGACAUCACUAUAAUGAUUGUAAAAUCUGACUGACUGGCCUUUUAGGACUGAUGUGGCAGGAUGUCUGUUGAACAAGAAGCUUAACGGUGUGAUUGUAGAGCCUUAAAGCUUCACAAAAAAGUAAAAGACAUUUUCAGCCUUGAAAAACAGAAGUCUCCUCUCCCUAAACAGACGGUGGUUUGUAUAAAAUUGGCCUACUUUUUGCUCCCAAAAUUUUUUUUGUGUGCCAAAUAUUAUUUCCCUCUUCCUUAACUCGUAAAAAAAAUGGAACUUACUCCAGAUAAAGUUUCUCUGGAAGUGAAGAAAGGAAAAUGUGGAGCAUAUGUCUCACUCACUGGGUUUCAGUCCUCACUGAAAUCUGUCUGUCUUCUAUUUCAGAUUGUCUUAAAUAUCAUUGUCAAUGUUUUUAACAAUGCUGUGCUUUAUAAAAUGACUUCCAAAGAACUGAAA